UCAGUCCUGUGCAGGAUCUCUGCGAAUACAACUACUCGAUCGAGUUUGCAUAAGGCUACGUCAGUUAGAGAUGUGCAAUUCUGUUUAAUGAACAUGAUGAACAUUACCAACUUGACGAGCUUCACUUUGAAUGCUGCCUCUGCGAUAUAUGUCUUCGCCCCUGUGAACUACAACAUCAAAGUCAUUAYUGCAUGUGCUUAUGCAAUUGUAGCAGCCUAUGCACUCGUCGCAAACUCGCUGAUCUUUUAUUUUACACAAAAAAAUCCAUCCAAGAAAAAUGCAUUAAGCCGGAGUUUCUUGGUCAACCAUUUCAUCCAAAGUCUUGCUCUAUCAGAUAUCUUAGCUUCACUCAGUACUGUUCCUAUUUUAACAUCAGAAAUGUUUGUUGACUUUAUUAAGACUGAUUUCGCUUGUAAAGUUGAUCGGUUCAUAUGCAUGUAUUUUCACAUUGUAACAAUUAUGAAUUACCUAGUUAUCGGUAUAGAAAGAUAUAUAGGAAUAUUCCAUCCGUUUUGCGCUCCAAGCGUCAGAGCAGGAAAAAGGCUAGUAGCAGCUGCGUGGGUUUUGGCUGCGGUUCUUGUUAUGGUUCUACAAAUCUCGUAUAACCUCGUGCAGUAUGAAUUAGAUAAUAACAUGUACACGCUCAAGUGCAACGUUGAUCAUUCCAACAAACUUUCAAGUUCAAUUUAUAUAAGCUUUGCUGUAAUAUGUUGGCUUGUUCCUUGUAUAAUUCUUGUAUUUGCCAAYACUCGGAUUGCGAUGUUCUAUCGCCGAGCAAAACGCGAUUCAAAAGGCAAUAAAUCACGAGCAACUGUUAACAGAGCAAACAGUCGUAAUCGUAAAACCACAAAAAUGUUUGUAACGCUCAUAUUUGCAUUUAUUCUACCUUACAUGGUGCAUGUUUUGUACAGCAUUGUAACUAUGGUGUUAAAGCUCGAUAUCUCUUUUACACAGGAUUAUAUAACUCGCUAUGUAACUUCGUUUUUAGGAUGUGCCAACGGCGCUGUCGGUGCAACUGUUUUAUUCUAUAUGUCGAAAUACCACCGAAGAAAGUUAUGUAUGUUGUAUUACAGGGUAGUUUCUUAGUGAUUAAAGAAAAACGUAUACAGCUAUUUUAAAAAAAACGUUGUCGGGGAGCUAACUAGGAGAACGGCGAACGGCGAUUGUCGAAGGGAGAUUGAAUGAUCGAAAGGGACUAUAGUUACACUGCUUUGAUAAACAAAAUCUCACUUAUUUGAUUCACCUUACAUAGAAAUGGAGACUAAAUGGAGMCAAUGUUUACCACAGACCAUCUUACAGUACAAAUCAGUUGUUAUUGCCUUUCGGUCGUGCAAUCAAUGAUGAUCUCUGCUCGACCAUUGCAGCCAUUGACAUAUUCGCCAUUUUAUCCGACAACCUUUUUGGAAAUAGCUAUAUAUCGCCUUUGUAUGUCAUUUAAAAGGGACAUUGUCCACCAGCUUCCCUUUCGAACUUUUUCUCAUGUUUGAAAAUAAAAAUAUAAGCAAAAACUUACUCUUUAUUAUCCCUUUAUCCUAUAUAAAUGGAGAUAUUGUAAGAUUCGGCCUUUAAACCGAUGGAAGGAAACGGAUUGCGAACGCAAAUUCGCAAUGCUGGUGGAUUAAUGUGACCCACUGAACUGUUGUACACAAAUAUUUGAAAUAAAUGCUGAAA